AUGUCCUUUGAAGCUCUCUCAGCGGUUGGGGCUUGUGUCCAGAUCGUCAAGACGCUCUACGAGUACCACGCAGUUCACUCGCGAAACAAGGCCCUGCUCGACAUCCUCGAAGGCUUCUCGCAGAACCUCGAGAUCUCGCUGGAGCGCCUGCAGGCCCGUGAAGAGAUCCUCGGACUCGGCAAGAACGAUGCGCUCGAGAGCAUCGAACGCGAUUUUACCGCCGCCAAGAGCUGGCUCAUCACGAACGACAAGCGCCUGAGAUCAAUAUGGACAGCUCUACAAGCCUCGGACAAGCUCGCCGACCUUGACGCUCGCCUCACCAAAGCUUUCGCGUCCAAGAUGGCGGUCGCCAUCUUCUCGGCGCUGCAAGAUACUCGAGCCGGCGUCGUCAAGCUUCAAACCACGCUCGAGGGCCUCCCGACCAACCUCGAGACGGUCUGUCGCACGAGCACCAAGGAGGCGAUCCACGAGGCCAUCACCGAGCUCAAGAAGGAGGCGUACGAGGCCGUCGGCGGCAGCGAGCGCGGGCCGAGGAGGGGCUUCAAGAACGGCGAGGCCGAGAAGAUCAUCUCGGCGCUCGUCGACCAGCUCGCCGCUCAAGAGCGCAUCAAGGAGGAGGAGGAGGAGCUCGCCUCGCCUGUCGACGGUCCGCCACCUGUCCAACCCGCCCGGUCCACCUCCGUCCCUCCUGUUCCCUAUGGCCCGACCGCGUCCUCCUCGUCCACCUCCCGCCGCGUCUCGUCAUACGCGCCGAGCGUCGCGACCACUGCGGCCGAUGAUCCUUUCGCGCCGGCCACGUCGCGCGCGAGCUCGCUCUUCAGCCGGCGUCGGUCGACGACGACCUUGGCGACGAGCGUCGCGCACUCGGACGGCGAGACGCUCGCGCCGCCGAGCAUGAGCGCCGACGACGCGAGCAUGCGUACGAGCAAGAACAAGGCCAAGAGCAAGAAGGACCGCCUGCCGCCGGGCGCCAUCGUGUUCCACCCGCGCGACCCGUUCACAGACACCGAGCUCGUCGACCCUGUACUCGCCAACGACGGCCUCAUCCACGACCGGUGGUCGCUCGUCGCCGGCACGGGCACUCACAAGAACCUGCGCGACCCGGGCGAGCCGCUCGUCAUCGUCGGCGACGUCGUCCAGCUGCGCGAGGCCCUGUUCAAGUCGUUCCCCGAGCGGCGCGCCGAGUGGCAAGAGCGGCGCCAGGCGUACCGUCGCGAUACGCUCGACCUGUACGAAUCGAGCAACUACGCCCAACUGCCCGACCUCGUCGACCGCCUGUCGCACGUCCUCCUGUUCGAGCCAACGUCCGUCUCGCUGCGGGUCCGGCGAGGGCUGUGCUUCUACCGCCUGCGGCUCCUCGACAAGGCGCUCGAGGACCUCGACGUCGCCGUCGACCUGAGCAGGCGAGGCGUCGACGGAGAGCGCGACGUGCACGAGCCGGACGUCGAUGCCCUGAGGGCCCGUGCGCUCGUUCUCGAGGAGAUGCACGACAAUACGGCCGCGCUUCGCGAUGUCGACCUCGUUCUCGCCUCGACCCCGCACGACGUCCUCGCCCUCUCGCUGCGCGCCUCGCUCCAUGGCGUGUCGGGCGACGCCAAGGCCGCACAAGCCGACCUCGCGGCGACCAACGCGGCGGUGCGCAACGGCAAGGCGUACCGCAGCCGGCUCGGCGACGCCGACUGCGACCUCGAGUACCUCGCCAGGGGUUGGGCCUACUGCCACGUGGGCGACUUUUCGUCGGCGUUCGCCGACUUUGGCUUCUCGGCAGGCCUGAAAGAUCCGCCCGAGCCGUACACGCUCGCCUGUCGUGCCCUCGCCAAGAUUAAGGACGAGGAGACGAGCGGGUCGCUCUCGUCCGAGACGCUCUCGACGUGUCUCGCCGAGCUCGACGACGCGAUCGACCUGUUGCGCAAGGUGGGCAUCAAGGAGGACAAGCUCGACGAGUGCUUUGGCAGGAGGACGAGCGGUGCGCCGGUCCUGCGGCUCGGCGAGGACGGCCUGCCGGUCUCGGCGUACCCGCUUCUCUUCCUGCGAGCCUCGGCUCGGACGGCUCAGGGCGACCUCGGCCUCGCGCUGCACGACUUCGAGACGGCCUUCCGCCUUCGCGGUGGCGGCGUCAGGGACGUCGCGACGGUCCGAGCGGCGCUCGCCGAGCUGCGGGCCGCGUGCGGCGACCUCGACGGGGCGCAGCGCGACUUUGACCGGGCGCUCGCCGUGUGCGAGCCUGGGCAGCGGUUCGCGAUCGUGCAGGCUCGCGACGAGCUCUCGGCGUAG